AAACCCAGCGCUCCCCUGCCAGGCAUAGUUCCCCCGGCGCCGCUCUCCCUGGCGGGCUCCCCUCUCCAGGCGCUCCUCCUCCGGCCGUCGCUCUCCCUGGCGGGCUCGGCGUCUCGGCGGCCAGGUGCCCGAAGCUUCGGCCGCUGCUCUGCCAGGCAGAUCCUGAAGCUCUGGCCGCUGCUCCGCUAGGCGGAUCCCGAAGCUUCGGCCGCCGCUCCGCCAGGCCACCGCCGGCCGCCGCUCCGCCAGGACCCGAAGCUCCGACCGCCGCUCCGCCAGGCGGAUCCCGAAGCUCCGGCCGCCGCUCCGCCAGGCCUCCGCCGGCCGCCGCUCCGCCAGGACCCGAAGCUCCGGCCGCCGCUCCGCCAGGCGGAUCCCGAAGCUCCGGCCGCCGCUCCGCCAGGCCACCGCCGGCCUUCGCUCCGCCAGGCGACGCACCCAGGCGACUCGCACAGGCAGCCAAGCCCCCGACGCCAGCGGCCCAACGCCUUGCUCUUCGUCGUGGGUAGACGGGCGUGCCCGCGGCUACGCGAGUAUCCGCGGACAGCGGGUACGGGUCUAGGUUUCUACCCGUCGCGGGUUGCGGGUGCGGGCACGGAUUUUUGCUUGCGGGUGCGGGUCUCUGAAGUUAGUAUCCGCGCGGAUUUUACCCGUUGCCAUCUAUAGCGUUGAGGCUUGUGGUGGCUUCGGCAGCCCAUGCGGCCAGCCUGCCGAAUUGAGACGGUCAUUUCCCAUUCACGAUGGUACAAUAUUUUCCUUUCCCACGAUCCAAACAUAGGUAUGGGUAUAAAUUUUUUCCUCGUAUCCCAUUCCUACCCCUUCAUUUCCCACUUCCCAAACGCCCCCUGAGAGAAACCUCGCCCAAACCUCCGCAGAAUGGCGGCCCCUCGCGCGCCGACCACCACCCCCGCCGCCGCCGCGGACGGCGGUAUCGAGGAGAACGCGAUGGCCAUCCUCGACUCAUCCGGCAUCAAGGACUCCUGCGACCUCCAUGACGACCGAGCCGCCUUCUUGGAGGCCGUGCGCUCCGCCUGCCUCGCGGCCAACAAUCCCUCGACCCCCUCGUGGAGAAUGUAUGAUGGCGUUUUCCAGGUUCUUCAAAACAGUAGCUCUCUGGAGCUUGCUGUGGCAAGUUUCCAUCUCUUAAUGGAUUUGGGUAAGCAAUACCCAAGAACAUAUUUGACAGAUUCUGAUGGGCACCAAUCACUAGUUGUAGUCAAAGAGUCCUGGUUACCAUUGCUCAUUGGCAAUGGUUCUCAUAGUAGUGAGAUCAGAGGAAAUGCGAGGAUCUCAGAUCACCUAUUUGAUCCUUCAAGAUUCUCUUUGCUGAUUGAGGCCAUGGUUGAACCCGCUAAUCCCACGGACGAUAAUAAUGGAAUUAAGGCUAUUGAGAAUAUGAUGCUGUUCCAGUAUCUUGUCAACACACUUGAAGCAGAUUUUGUACCUCGUCAUAUUGCAUACAAAAAGUCACUAGACUGGGUGUUCUUCAGGGAAUCCCUGUUAAAUAUGCUUCUGGGAUCACGAAAGCUCGUGUUCAAAUCUCUUGUAAAGAACUGCAUGUAUCUUCUACUCAACCAGUUUCACCCUGAAGUUGAAGAUGGAGUUGAAGGCAGCAUACCUUCUGAAGGAGAAGCUAAAUCAGCAUCUGAUAUGGAUUCUUCCCUAAAUUAUUUAUUGUUGGAGUCAGAAAGGACUCUUGUAUCCCUCCGGAAAUUAUUUGUGAUGGUCAUGGAACUUGACUUGAUCAGGAAGGAAGCCGACACAUUGGGGCUGACUUCAAGAGCUGACGGGUUCAGAAACCCUAUCAUGGAAGUUAUUUUGGAUGAGCUAAUUUAUAACAUCAGUUACUUAUCCCCAUUUCUCUUGGCCUUCAUGGAAUGGAAGUGGAAAUUGGAGAUUAUUCUACAGUACUUUUCAAAGUACUGUGGCAAGGGUGCAGUUCGUACUCGAAGGUCGGAUAGUUCACAGCAAGAUUUGAAAUUGGGAAGUGUCCUGAGUUUCUUUUUGACAACAACAAGCGCAAAAGCUAUUGUCAAAAAGAUGGGUACAGAAGUUGCACAGCUUCUUUUAGCGCAUGCCUACCAGGUUUGCCUGUAUGUUCAAAGUGACUCUAGCGAUUCUACUGCUACAACUGAAAAGAUUGGAGCAAGUCUCCAAGAGAUAUCUUGUGACUUCAUAUCUGCUUUUCAAAAUCUCAGAAAAGUUGGCCUGAAUAUCCAGAUCUCGCCAUUUGAGAAAGAAGCUCUGUUUACUGCUGCAACAUUGUCUAGGAAAUUGAAGAAUGAAGAAAGAUAGACUCUGGGUGUCAGGGUGUGGUACGUAGGAAUCUAGGAUCAGAUGGUGUUGGUGUGACUCUGGCUAGCGGUAUAAUCCAAAAAGCCUAUUUUGGCCUCUGUAUGGUAUGAUUAUGUCUCCCUGUACAUAUGUGAUAUGUCUCUAUGGUAUCUAUCCCCUCCUGGUAGUGUGUAUCGCAAAGCUGUAGAUACAGAACUUACGAAUCUAUUCUACAUAACUUAUGCAUCCGUGUUGGAUAUCUUGGGAGCAA